GCCAUCGGAAAGCACAAAUGGUGCUCUUGAUGAGGAUGCUACUUUCCUGUUCCGGUUGGCUCCUUCUAGGGGCGCUUUUAGUCGUUGCUUCGGCCACGGCUGAUACUACACCACCCGUAGAAUCGUCUCCAGUGGAGCAGCUGGCAAUCGUUAACUAUGGCAACGCGGCCGCUCCUGUCACAGUGACGACGACACGCAUCGAGAAUGCUGCCGGUGAUAAGCUGGACUUUAAUGGUGAUCAUUUCUUCGGGGCUGAUAAGGAGCAGCACGAUUACAACCGGCAGGCCCACCUGAAGCUGGAGUACGUACGCAAUCAAGAUCCUCAGUUGAGACGGUUCUUGGGAAAAUCAAUCGUGAAACGUCAGGCAGACUUUUCCGUACCCGCCAGCAGUGUAUCCACCAACGCACUAUGAACCUCCAACAACGACGACGACUACCACCACCACAACUCCGGCUCCGACGACGACGACUACCACCACCACAACUCCGGCUCCGACAACGACUACAACUACUACUACCACAACUACUACCGAGCCUCCACCGCCACCACCACCAACACCGGGAGUUCCUCAUGAAGUUUACGGAGUGCCACCAGAAGAACCUCAGCCUGUUGUCCUACCCUGCACCGAUUGCGUCUUUUCGCAACUUCCGCCCCUUCCGGAUGUGAUGAAUCCACCAGCGCCAGUUCCGCUACCAACGCCCGUUGAUCCCCGGUCGACUUGUACUAAUGGGCAAGUGCCGGAGGUAGAAGUAGUACCACUUGAACCUCCGCCAGGUUCACUGUACAACAUAAACGAACUGGUUGGAGUGUGGCUUGAUGGACCACCGGAUGCUCCGGAACCAACGGACGGCGGUUCGGAAGAUGCUACUAACGGUUCCUCCUUCGGUUGUAGUGAUUGCAACUUCGAAACACUACCAGCCUUACCUGAGCUUGUGUAUCCUUCCGUGCCAAGUGCCACAACUCCCCCUCCACUAUCUCCAAUCGUUCCGGAAGAACCCGCCCCGGUACCGCCAUCCGAUUGCCUUCCUGCCGAACAUCGCGUACGCCUAGAGAAAGAAAAGGACGCCUUCACAGAGCAGGUCGAUCUAAGAUUCUCGAAAUCCGCCCGCAAUCCGCAACAGUCCCGCGUGCUUUCCACCCACUCGCAGGUUAUUCUCGUCCAAUCAAUGCCACCCUAUCCGGUGCUUAAAUCGAAAGCUGGCCGUACUCCACCAAAGCCCGUCAGUCGGGGAUCGUUCAAGUUUCAGCAUAGCCGCAAGGAAUCGAACUACGGUGUGAAACGUUUCCAGGCAGGAUCAGGUUUGGCGUCCGAAUGGUGAUGAUACGGUGGUAGUGCCAUCGUCCGCCGAGCAGCAAGGUGAAGUGGCCCAGAUUGUGCUCUGCACCGUCGACUGUCACGCGCUGGAGGAGAAGGUGCAAGCCACCGGAAACGCCCGCCAUGACCAUACCGAGCGAUGGGCGAUUGUGGUAGAAGUGCUGUGGGAUUGGUAGAACUCAAUAAAGGUAUUUGAAAAUUGUGGACUACACUUAUUUAAAAAAAAAAAGCUGUAGCGUAUAUUCAUGUUAACACUAAUUGGGCGUUGCAAACAAAUCAGCGUGCAAAAUUGUAUAUUAGCUCAGAACAUACCAAGGCAUUAAACUUGCAGUUGAGUGGCGCAGGAAGUUACGACACCUUCAACAGUCUCUUGUGCAUUUUUAAAACACAUUAAAUUUUUCGCGAAUCAUAAUUCCAUUUUUUUUAAUAUUGCAGUACUUCAGUUAAUAGCUAGAAAUAUUGUCUUCGUGGUUUGGUGUUCGAGUGUUACGAGGAGCAUUAAUCAUUUUGUGUGUUGGGGCGGUCUGGUGGUCGAUUCGAUAGCGACACCAGUCUUGACACUUGGCAGGUCCAGAGAUCGAAUCCCAUCUGGAUUGUUCCCUCGGUAGUGUGUGAGGACUGGACUAUUCAACUACCCUGGUAUCACUAUCACUCAGCCUAGUAAGCAAUUAGAAUGGCCAGCAUAUGACCAAGCAGAUAGUGUAAGCAGGACGUGUAUUGGAUGAGAUUUUUCCCAAUUUCAUCUUGUGCACACAACCGUGUGUUUGCACUGAAAUAGCUCAACAGCUAUAUUCAUUUGUGGACAAUCAAUCAACGUUUCUUCGCUAAUCAUAUGACAAACUCGCGGAUGCAACCACCAUCCAGCCGUCUGAUCGCGUACGCACUCUCUCUCUCAAUGCGUUUUGGUUCGCGAUCGCCUUUCUCUCUCGCUCUCUCUCGCUCUUCCCUUAAAGCACAGAUUUUCGACUCAUAUGUUUUUAGUCAAGGUCAACCAAAUGCUUGUUAUGCAUUCCUAUCGGCUAUGUACCGCUAGCCAAUACGCUAAGUUGGUGUAAGUGGUGUGCGUGACGGUUCCAAAUAAAACGCGUACCAAUUUACAUUAAGAUUAAAUUGAGAUAACAGCCAAACGCUGGUUAGCAUAAUUUCACAACCCUUAAAAGUCAUACUUUACGAUCUCCAAUAACUUUAUUGUUGAUCGGGACGCAUCGAUCGGAUGUUAAAGCCGGCGGACAGUUUUGGAGUUUUAUUGGUGUGCGUGAAGCAACAAACCGAUCACCCUCUCGCGAUCAUAAGCUGUUCAAUGUAACCGGCUUCACUGUUGUCAGAUCUUGCGUGAACGACAGACCUGUGAUCGGGAGCUCUAGCAACACUUAAAAUGUGUUUUUAAACCACUAAAUCUUACCAAUUGUUUAGUGACGUUGUGAAUUAGUAAUGAAUUUCCCUAGGCAAGUUACCAUCCGGCUUCGUGGCUUUUCCUCUAGAAGCAAUGAAACUGCGAAAGGAACGACUAAGACGUUUCAACAGAUCCCCGGACCGAGGGGCCCUUUCGGCGUGGGAAAUCUUUAUCAGUACAUCCCGGGAAUAGGACGAUACAGCUUCGAUGAGCUGCACCAGUCCGGUGAGGACAAAUAUCGACAGUAUGGUCCGAUCGUACGAGAAACCAUGGUUCCCGGGCAGGAUAUUGUGUGGCUUUACGAUCCGGACGAUAUAGCUACGGUGCUGGACGAUCGUACACCGGGCUUGUACCCGUCCCGGCGAAGCCAUACCGCGCUGGAAAAAUAUCGCAAAGAUCGUCCCAAUGUGUACCGUACGGCUGGACUGUUGCCUACAAAUGGUUUGGAAUGGUGGAAAAUACGAUCCGAGCUUCAGAAAGGCCUUAGCUCUCCACAGAACGUGCGAAACUUUCUGCCCUCUACCGAUAAAAUUACGAAAGAGUUCAUCGCUCGUCUGAAAUCACAGUUGGAUGCGGAACAGCAAGGCACGGGCCGAAAGGAUUUCCUGAUCGAAGACGCGAUGCCGCUGAUUUCGCGACUCAAUUUAGAAUUAAUCUGCUUGCUGGCCUUCGACGUUCGCUUGGACAGCUUUUCCGAGGAGCAAAUGUUGCCCAACUCCGUAUCCUCACGGUUGAUGGAUUCAGCGGAAACGACCAACUCCUGCAUAUUGCCCACCGAUCAGGGCUUUCAGCUGUGGCGUUACUUUGAAACGCCGGCCUAUAGACGAUUGCGCAAAGCACAGGAAUUUAUGGAAAAGACCGCCGUUGAGCUUGUGUCUCAGAAGUUGCUGUACUUUAACGAGGACCAGCAAAGGUUGGCAAGUGGCGAGCAUUCGAAGUCCCUUAUGGAGGAAUAUCUUCGCAAUCCUAAUCUGGAGCUGAACGAUAUUAUCGGUAUGGCUUCGGAUCUGCUGCUGGCUGGCGUGCAUACGACCAGCUAUACAACUGCCUUUGCAUUGUACCAUCUGGCGUUGAACGGAAAUGCCGCCCAGGACCGGUUAUACCAGGAGGCGAAGAAGAUUCUGCCCGAUCCACGGGAAAAUCGUAUCGGGGCGGCCGUGUUGGGAUCGGAAGCUUCAUACUGCCGUGCGGUUCUGAAGGAAACGCUACGCCUCAAUCCCAUCUCGAUCGGCGUAGGAAGGAUCCUCAAUCGGGAUCUCGUGUUGGGUGGCUAUCCGGUACCGCGUGGCACGGUCGUUGUUACGCAGAACAUGAUCUCUUGUCGACAGGAGAAGUAUUUCCGCGAUCCGCUUCAGUUCGUUCCCGAGCGGUGGAUGCGAGAAACCAAGGAACCCGUGCAUCCUCAUUUGGUGCUGCCAUUUGGACACGGCAUGCGAUCUUGCAUCGCACGUCGUCUGGCCGAGCAGAGCAUGCUGGUGCUGCUAUUGAGGCUGGUGCGCUCUUUCGAAAUCGAGUGGGCCGGAACCAUUCCGAUGGAUGUGAAAACGAAGCUUAUCAAUCAGCCCGAUCAACCGAUUCGAAUACGAUUGAAGCCAAGACCAUCGUGAAGGAGAAUCGUUACAAGAACAUUCUACUAUGUGCAAAUACAUUAUCACACUUAAGCCAUCAGG